AUGGAGUUAAGAGGAUUCGUUCGUAAAUUUAAACCUGAAGAAACCUUUAAUCCUCUCAAGGAUUCUAAACUUCUGGGCCACCCGGUCUAUCCUGUGAAUUUAAAUGUUGAUGAUCCAAAAUGCGAAAUUUGUAAUUUGAAUAUGUCAUUUUUAAUGCAGUUGUCGGCUCCCACUACUGCCAAUAGAAACCGUGUAUUAUAUAUUUUCUACUGUUUAAAUGACGCCACUAAGGAUAAAGGCUGGAAAUUGUUAAGGUAUAGCGCUGAAAAACCAUCAACUACUGAACCUAAGUUCGGCGAAAUGAGUGAUUUGUCCUGGUCCCUUGACUCAAUUAACUUAAACACCACAGAAACGGAUGGAUUACGUGUGAUUUUGGAAAAUGAUUUAGUUUAUCAUUCUGGAAAUUCCGAUAAACACUCUGUUUCAGACGAGCAUUUACACUCUAUAGUACUACUAGAGAAGUUUAGGAAUAAGAGUAAAGAUGAAAUAGACGAAGAGGAUCUUGUAGAUUUUGAAUCACUGGCAAAUGCAAAUCAACCUCCAGACUCAGAUGAUGAUUCUUCAAUCGAUGAUGACAGUGAUGAUGACUCAGAAGUUGAUGCAAUUAAUCACUUUCAAAACUACUUAGCAUCUAGACCUAAAACUGUGGUUAGGGUUAAUAGGGGUGGCAAUCCAAUUAGUUUUCUUACUGAUUUAAACCUUGAUUUAAGCUCUAAAGUUUGUAAAUUAUGUAAUUCUCAACUUCAUUUUGAAGUUCAAAUUCUUCCGCACUCUAUUCACUAUAUGACUAAUGAUGACACUAGUGGUGAUAGUGUUACUACAAAACUAAAGAAUAUUUCAUUGAGAUUGGGUGGUGUAUUAUUUUAUACUUGCAGUUCAGACUGUAAUACUAGCACAAAUUUAUCUCAAGAACUUUCUCACGUCUUACUAUACAAUUAAUCUAUCAUCAUA